AGACAAAAGUUAUUUCUCUCAACAUUGUAACCAUUUAUUUUCUUCUCGUGUUGCGUUUUAACUUGUAAAAAGCUGCAUGUGCCUAGUUCAGAUGUUUCACUAAAUAUUCAUUUUGGAACGGAAUGUUUGCAAUGAGAAUAUUUGUUGUAGAAACGGAACUAUAAUUUUUGUUCCGGACUUCCGGUUCCACUGGCCCCGCCCCCUCGUCCUCCCUUCAGGAUUCUUCCUCCAUUGUUGUCGCUUCGUCAGCAGCGGGAGCGUCGCUGGAGCUGGAAGAGCAGCAGAUGAUGAUGAUGAUGACGAUGAUGAUGAUGAUGAUGAUGAUGAUGGUGAAAUCUGGAAGGAAGUUUGCGGCUUGAGGCUCAGCUGGAGGGCAGCCGGAGCUCCAGCAGCGGAAGAGACGCUACAAGAUGGAGGACGUUUUCCAGCCCAGAGUCCUGCUGCGCACUUCAGGUUGGUGCUUUUCCUUCUUCGUAGUUCCGGUUUAGGAUCGUUUUCUUCCAGCUGGUGGAUGUAGGAACAUCACCAGCAGUUUCUGCUCACUAGUUUAGAGCUUUAAGGCGACAGCAGCUUCAUCUGACUGCGAGCCGAGGCCGGGAUACAUGCUGCGACGUCGCAGACCAGAGUUCUGAUAUGAACCAGCAGGAGGCGCUGCGCCUCCAGAUAAAGGAGGAAGAGGAAGAACUCUGUGUGAGUCAGGAAGGAGAGCAGCUCAGAGUGAAGCAGGAGACGGACGGCAGGUUUCCAUCUACUGCAGCUCCCAUCAGCAGUAAGGAUGUUAAAGAAGAGCCUCCAGAAGAACAGAGUCCUGAUGUGGAUCCUUUCAAAGUAAAAGAGGAAAAUAAUCAAAUGUGCUGCCGUCAGGAAGACGAGCUGUUCAGAGUGAAGGAGGAGCCUGAUUAUUCCAGGCUCCCAUUAAAUAUUGUUUAUGUAAAUAGUGAGGAUGAUGAAGAGAAACCAGUGAUGUCUCAGCUUCAUCAGCAGCAGACAGGAAAUGGAGAUCUUCCAACCAGCAGCUCAGGCGACCAGAUAAAAGCAGAAAUUGAAGUGGAGAUCAGUGGAGCAGCAGAGUCCAGCAGGAACCCAGAUCCAAAUACUGCUGGAGGAACUUUGAGCCAAUCAGAGACUGAAGAGGAUGAAGACGAGGAGGAUGAAGAUGAUGAAGAGGACAAUGAUGAUGAUGAUUGGAACCAACAUGAAUCUCAGCUUAGACCAUUGUCAGACUCUGAAACUGAAGACAUUCAUCAAAAAUUGCAUUUAAGCAAAAGCACAAAAGUUGAAGUUGAUGAAAAACCUUUUGGUUGUGAUUCUUGCGGAAAAAGAUUUUCCUUAAAGUCAUCUUUGUACAAUCACACAAAAAUCCACACAGGAGAGAAAUCAUUAUCCUGUGAUUUCUGUGGGAAAACUUUUAAUUCAAGUUCAGAUUUAAAGAAACACACACGAGUUCACACAGGAGAGAAACCAUUUUGCUGUGAGGAUUGUGGGAAAAGAUUUUCCCUAAGUGCAUCAUUAAACAGACACAUGAAAGGCCACACAGGAGAGAAACCCUUUGGUUGUGAUGUUUGUGGGAAAAGAUUUACCUUAAACUCACAUUUAAAGACACACAUGAGAGUUCACACAGGAGAAAAACCGUUUCGUUGUGAUGAUUGUGAAACAAGAUUUUCCCAAAGGUCAGCUUUAAAAAGACACAUGAGAAUUCACACGGGAGAAAAACCAUUUGGUUGUGAUGUUUGUGGGAAAAGAUUUAGCAUAAAGUCACAUUUGAAAACACAUAUGAGAAUCCACACACAAGAAAAACCCUAUAGUUGUGAUGAUUGCGGAAAAAGAUUUUCCUUACAGCUAUGUUUAAAGAGACACAUGAGGAUUCACAGAGGAGAGAAACCGUUUGGUUGUGAUGUCUGUGGUAAAAGGUUUAACUUAAAGUCUAAUUUAAAGGUACACAUGAGUGUCCACACCGGACAGAAACCCUUCGGUUGUGAUGAAUGUGGUUUAAAAUUUAGCAUAAAGUCUAAUUUAAAGGCACACAUGAGAAUCCACAAGGAUGAAAAAGCCUUUGCUUGUGAUGAAUGUGGAAAAAGAUUUAACGUAAAGUCUAGUUUAAAGAGACACAUGAAAAGCCACAGAGGUGAACGACCUUUUAGUUGUGAUAUCUGUGGGAAAAGACUCGCCUUGAAGUCCAGCUUAAAGAGACACAUGAAGAUCCACAUGGAAGACCAACCUUAUUUGUUUGUGGGAAAAGAUCCACCUUAAAGUCAUCUUUGAACAAUCUCCUGAAUGAACAGAGGUGAAAACCUUCAGGUUGUGAUGGCUGUGGAAUCCAACAGGAGGAACUGAAAGACUCUGAAAGUUGCUUUUAAGCAGAAAUGCUACAAUUUAUUUUUAGUUGUGAUGUUUGUGGAAAAAGAUUUUCCUCAAAAUCAAAUUUAAAGAUAAAUGUGAACAUUGGGUUUGGGGAUUUAUUCUAUCAUUUUUGUGAUAAAUUUCUUAGUAUAAGAAUUACAAUUUAUUGUUGUUAUAGUAAAUCCCAAUUAAUGUUUAAAACUCUCCAAACCGUCUGAAUUGUUGGUUUAACUAUUUUCUCCUGUUUGUUGAAUGAAAGUAUCAAUAAAUACUGUUUGGAUUGAAAUUGUUUUUUUUUUGCUGCAUGAGUUAAUAAAACUAAUAAUGAUUCUGAGGAUUUGGUUUUUAUUUCAGAUCAAUAAGAUUUCCUGAGGAUUUUGAUGUGAGCCACAGCUCUGCUUAUUUUUACUGAUGUUAGUCAUUAAUCAGAAAUGAUUUCUUGUUAUUAUGUUUGUUUUAAUCCAAUAUAGAAGCUUAUAUUUCAGUUUUGACUUUAACUCAUUAAGACAUUAAAUUAUGCUUUAAUCUUCUCAUGAAAUUCAACAAUAUGAUAGAAAGAAAACAAUAUUUGAUAUCUUCAAAUUUAAAUCUUUUCUGUGGCUGACCUCCCUCUGAUAGAAAUGUUUUAUUUUCAUAUGAAGUCCAUUAAACUAUCUUUCUCCAUAAAUAUCUAUAUAAAAAAACAUACAGAAACAAA